AUGUUGAAUCAUUUAUCUAAAACCCAUGCUUCUUGGUUUACCAUCGACGGAAAGACAUCGACCAGUGUUUCUANACCCGCUGAUACGUUUCCUUUUCUAACUAGUGGUCAACAACCAAGCUUAACAGGCCCACAAAUCAAUCUUCUUCAAGAAAUUCAGCAGAAUCAUCUCGAUGCCAUGCAACGUGCUUUUGGAGUCAUCACCAAACUUGACCUUUGCCAAACAGCAGCCAUUUAUCAGGAACAUUAUGAGAAAACAUUUGCCGAACUCAUAGAAAAGCGCUUCAAACCAGAUCGUAUCUACGCAACUUGUUCGCGACUUGAAAUUCCCAACGACAAUACCGAAGAAUUUCACGUCAUUUCUCGAAAACUGCAAAGCUUCGGUGAUAAUUUAACUCAUGGGUUCCAGCGAUGUCGAGAUAGUUUAAAUAAAUUCAUCGAAUGGGAUCUACCGAAAACACAUUUAAAGCAACUAAUUGAUGUGGGCAAAAUAAAACUGAUCCAGCUAAUUCAUGAGCGUAUCGAAAAAAUCAAAGACAAACGAAUUUUGCCAGAAAAUCUGACAAGCAUCUCAAUCGAGGAGUACAUUACGCAAAAAACAAUGAAAGAUUGGGAUAAAACUUAUUACAAGGAUUACUUUCAACCGAUUUUCGAUCACGCGAAUUACUGGCAUACGAUGAUUGUCACGAAAGAACGCGCGAUAUUCAUUGAAGAUGUCAAACAGAAGUUUCGUGAAACAUUUUAUGACGUGACAAAGGAAUUCAUGCAGCAAAAGUUUCCUAUUGAACAAUUAGCUUGUGAACAAUACACAGCAUCAAAAUUGCAAUUGAACAUUCAUCCUAUUGAUAAUCAAAUUCGUGAAAAAUUAACUUUCGAUUUGGAAAAUCAUAUGGACACAACGGCGAAAAUUCUCGCCGAAUAUUUAUAUUAUAAAUACAUUUGUGAAUUAGAAAAUAUUCUCAAUAAAAUAUCAUCACCCACACAAGAUCUAUAUCGGACGAAAUUAACAUUAGAAAAAUGCGUUUAUCAAGUUCAUGCAUUGAUUCUGAGAGUCUGUCGACCAGUCAUUACUGCAACUUUACGAUAUUCAUAUUUAGAUCUGUCUGCGAAACAAGACGCGAUCAACGAAUUGAUUUACAUUGCACCGACUGUUGCUUUUAACAUAGCGAAUAUUCCAGAUUCGGACGACAACGAUGACUUGCUUGGAACACAAAUACUUGCAUCAGUAGAAUCAUUAGCUGAUAGAAGUGAAAUGACCACGUCGAUUAUCAGGACACUUUUUAAGAAGUAG